AUGGCAAUCUCGGCCUUGAAAGCCCACAUUCUCCGGAAUCAGAGCUCCCUGCACCAACUAUGGCCGCUCAGCGUAACCAACGGUGGUCUCCGCCGUAGACAAUCCAACGAGUUUCCUCUUCUUCCUCCACUCUCACAUCCUAUCCAUUUUCUAUCUCAUCCUCUUCCAGUUCACAAUUGUUCUCGCACUCCUCUCUCUACUUUUCUUCCUGUGCUCCGACGUCGUUUGCACCCUCUAUCGUGUUCCAUGUCCUCGCCGAGCUCCUCGCCGGAGGCCGACGGUACCUCCGCCGCCGGCGACAAAACGGUGAAGGUGGUGAUCAAGGGUAGGGUUCAGGGAGUGUUCUACAGGAACUGGACCAUCGAUAAUGCAAAGGAAUUGGGCCUGAAAGGUUGGGUCCGAAACCGCAGGGACGGGUCCGUGGAGGCCCUGUUCUCGGGAAGCUCAGAUAAGGUUCAGGAGAUGGAGCAGCGGUGCAGGCGGGGCCCUCCCGAUGCUAUAGUAACGGGCCUUCAGGUUGUUCCCUGCAGUGAUGAUCCCGGGCCCACGUUCGAGCGUAAGCCAACUGUUUAA